AUGGGGCUAGAUGACUCUUUCACCAGUCACUGGAGGAAGGUUUGGAGUCUUAGGAUAGCACCAAAGAUCUCUCUAUUUCUUUGGAAAUAUCAGCAUGAUAUUCUCCCAAUUCAGAAGGUCUUAAAUAGCAGGGUUCCAUUGAAAUUCAGUCCCAAUUGUUCCUUGUGUGGCAUUGAGGAGGAAUCAAGAGCGCACCUUUUCUGGAAUUGCUAUUUAGUGAGAAAGGUCUGGAUAGUCUUCUUGGAUUGGUGGAGUUUGAAUAGAAAUGUUAUGAAUGGACAUGGUGAUCUCUUCCUACUCUUCAGAUGUCUAAAAGGAGUAGCACUCAGAGAGGCUUGGCACACCUCAGUAAUAGCAUUGCUUUGGACAAUCUGGCUAGCCAGAAAUGAGAGAAUUUUCUCCAAACAAGAUUGGAAUGAGGAGAAAUUGGUUUGGUUAAUAAAGAUCAGAGCUUUUGAAUGGUUACUGGCAGCUGGGAAAAUGGCUAGAGGAUUAGAAUCUUUGUGGAAAGUUAACCCUAGAGGGUCUUGUCUUCUCUUUAAUAAAAAACACAAAGGAAGGGAUUUUAUCUGGUGUAACACAAAUUUUAUAGGGUAUUCAGAUGGCUCCUGGAAGCUCUUGCCAGAUAAUUCAGUUAGGUGUGGUGUAGGAUGUUGCAUAACAGACCUGGAGGACAAUUUAAUUUUUAUUUUUUCAAGUCCUGGAAAAGCUAAUAGUCCACUGGAGGCAGAAAGGGAGGCAUUAUUAUUUUUAUACACUCAGAUCAUUCAGUCCUCCCAGCUACAUGGCAUCUUCACCUUAUGUACAAACUCAAAAGUUUUGGAGAAGCAAUUUUUGAAAGCCAGAGCUGGGUACAAGGAGGAGGAAUCUCUAAAUAUCCUGGAAGAUUGGGAAAAUCUGGUGAAGGACAAAAGAUUUAAAAUUCAAUUUGUGUUUCGAGAUAAAUUAAUUGGUGCAGAUAGUCUAGCUAAGGAUGGAGGGAAAAGAAAAAAAAUGAUGCAGGCUUGGUGUUAA